GCAAAUCACGAUCAAAGCAAACACUCUUCCAUAUUCCAAUCCAAAGUCCAAACCCAUGAAUGAUGAAUCCCUCCACCUAUAAAUUCCCUUUAUUUAAUUCCCCUUCUAUGUUCUCACUAUUUCACUUCUCUCUCUCUCUCUCAUUCCUUCCCUUGACUCAAAAAAAAAGGAAUGACAAAAACAGAAUAAUUAAUCUCCUCACCACUGCAACUCACAAAAUAAAAGACUGAAAAAAAAGAACUCUUUGUUAUCAUAACAACUCUUUGUUACAUUACACUGUGAAACACACCAACAUGGGUUUGGUUAUUCCUGAAGAAGAACUAAGCUUAGAUUUGAGACCCUCUUUUGUUCCAAAAACCAUCACUGAUUUUCUCUGCCACCUUUCCACCACCCCAAAUGCAUCCGUCAAGGUGUCCUUGCUCGAUGACUUUGUCCACAGAUUGCAACUCGAAUUGGCCAAGAUCCAAGCAUUCAAACGCGAACUUCCUCUCUGCAUGUUCCUCUUAAAUGAUGCAAUUUCAGCGUUGAAGGUGGAAUCAGAAAAAUGCAUGGCUUGCAAGUCUGAGCCAGUGUUGGAGGAGUUCAUUCCUCUGAAGAAAGAGUGUGAUCAGAGGGAGGAAAGUGAGAAGGAGAAGGAAUGCAGGGACAAGAAGAGUUGGAUGAGUUCUUUUCAGCUUUGGAACACUGAUGAUAAAGCUGAUAUUAACAACAAUGCAUAUGAAUGUGACAAAAAACAAAACUACGGAGUUGAAGACAAGAAUAAUAGAGAAGAAAGAAAAUCUGUGGCCAAGGACUUGUUCCAAUAUGGUGGAAUUAGAAAUGGAGAGAAGGGGUUUGUUAUGCCUUUUUCCACUUACCCUGCAUCAAAGGAAGUAAAGGAAGAUUGUGUUUUCAAUGGACUUUCUCUUCAGACACCUGGAACUGCAGUGAAGAACACAAGGGAGGGAUCUGGUUGCAGAACCAGCUCUUGCAGGGUGGUUUCCUCGGCUCCUUCACCGCUGCGUCAGCCACAAAGUGGCCGGAAACAAAGGCGGUGCUGGUCGCCGGAGUUGCAUAGCCGGUUUGUUAAGGCUUUAGAGGAGCUUGGAGGUUCUCAAGCAACUACUCCAAAGCAAAUUAGGGAACUCAUGAGGGUAGAUGGCCUGACCAAUGAUGAAGUAAAGAGUCAUUUACAAAAAUAUCGACUUCAUACACAGCGAGUUCCAGUUGCUAAAGCUGCAAAUUCUAAUCGCUCUGCCGUAGCUCUUGGAGGCUUGUGGAUGCACAAUGAAUCCUUAAAGGGUAGAAGUUCUGGUUCUCCUCAAGGCCCUCUCCAAUUAGCUACACAAUCGGGGGAAGCGACAUCCCGAACUGAAGGUGACAACAUGAUAGAUGAUGAUGUAAAAUCAGACUUAUAACUGGAAAAAGGUCACAUUCAUAAACAUGGAAAAGGUGAUGUGUAGAUAUUAUCUCACCAUGAAUUUUGCAGAUAAAGUAGAGGAGUUUUACAACUACUCAAGAACAACACAUGAUAUUGAUGAUAAAUAAAAGAGGAUGGAUCUAUGGAGAGAGGCUUUUGAGAUUUUAAAGGAUCAGUUUUCCUUCCAUUCAAUGAGUUUUGAUAUGAUACUCUGAAGCUGGAGCAGUUCAUUAGUCCAAAAUCAUAAUGAUCAUUCAUUUCUUUUUGCCAUGAGAACACUGUGGUGCUGCAGGAGAAAUUACUCCAACAUCUUAGAUGGAUUUUGGAGUUUCAAUGUUUCAUGAUUUGGUGGUUGACUUAGUUAAUAGCUUAGAUGAUUCAUAUUUGAAAUCUUGCACUUGUUGCAGUUGUGUCAAAAUAGGAAAGCUAUCAAGUAGCUCCCAGUUUUGCUCCCUAUAUUGUGUGUUGUAAUAGUUGUGAAGGAGGUUAUGAAAUUUGUCAGCAGGGUCAGAUGUAAAUUUACCCUGCUAGCUAGAUAGUGAGAGAGGGAUAAAAUGUUUGAUACCAUUUUGUGCACAAAUUAAGUCCAUAAGACUGUUAGAGAACUUAUUAAAAUACGAUUUUGACAAAAAAUAUAUAUCUUGUGUGUUGUAA